AUGGUUCAGUUCACAGCUGAGGAUAAGGCUGCUAUUACAAGCAUAUGGAAAGAUGUAAAUGUGGAAGAGGCCGGAGCAGAAACCCUGGGAAGGCUCCUCAUUGUUUACCCAUGGACCCAGAGGUUCUUUGACAAAUUUGGAAACCUGUCCUCUCCCUCUGCCAUCAUGGGCAACCCCAAAGUCAAGACUCAUGGCAAGAAGGUGCUGACUUCUUUGGAAGAAGCCAUAAAGAACAUGGAUGACCUGAAGGGCACCUUUUCCCAGUUGAGUGAGUUGCAUUGUGACAGGCUGCAUGUGGAUCCUGAAAACUUCAGGCUCCUGGGAAAUACACUAGUGAUUGUCCUGGCGAAACAUUUUGGCAAGGAAUUCACACCCCAGGUGCAGGCUGCCUGGCAGAAGAUGGUGGCUGGAGUGGCCAGUGCUCUGGUCCACAAGUAUCACUGA